AUGGAGGAUUUCCAGUGUGGAGUCCUUGCCCAGCCCCCGCCCCCCUCGAGACGUCUUCCGCAGCCCUCGCUCUGCCGAGUCCCUGCAGUGGCGGUGGCAGUGCAGCUGCUCUAUGUCCGAGGCGAGCGCAUCUGCAAUGGGGGCUUGCAGCAGGUGGGCAGCCCUCAGGCGCAGGCGCUGCCCACUCUGGUGGCCCGGGGCUGCACAGCAGUGGGCAAACACAGUGCUCCAAUACCUGCUGCCCUCCGCAGUUUCUACUCCUAUAAGAGCUUUGAGACAGCUGUGGCCCCCAAUGUGGCCCUCGCUCCGCCGGCCCAGCAGAAGGUUGUGACUACUCCGCCAUGUGCCACCGUUGUCUCCCGGGCCCCCGAGCCCCUCUCCGUGUCCAUCCAGCCGCGGAAGCGGAAGCUGGCCGAGGAGAACCCUGUGGUCCCCGAGACCUUGGUGCCUCUCGCUGCUCCGGAGGAGGACAAGGACUCGGAGGCUGAGGUCGAAGUUGAAAGCAGAGAGGAAUUCACCUCCUCCCUGUCUUCGCUCUCGUCCCCGUCCUUUACCUCGUCCAGCUCCGCCAAGGACCUGAGCUCCCCCAGCGUUCAUGCCCCUCCCACUGCCAGCGCCGCUCUGGAUGCUGCAGCCCACGCCACCGAGGCCCCGGGUGGCGGGCUAGAGGCGGAGCUGGAGCACCUGCGGCAGGCGCUGGAGAGCGGCCUGGACACCAAGGAAGCCAAAGAGAAGUUCCUGCACGAGGUGGUGCGGAUGCGCGUGCGGCAGGAGGAGAAAUUGAGCGCCGCCCUACAGGCCAAGCGCAGCCUCCACCAGGAGCUGGAGUUCCUGCGCGUGGCCAAGAAGGAGAAGCUGCGGGAGGCCACAGAAGCAAAGCGCAACCUACGGAAGGAGAUCGAGCGGCUGCGGGCUGAGAACGAGAAGAAGAUGAAGGAGGCCAACGAGUCACGUGUGCGCCUCAAGCGCGAGCUGGAGCAGGCACGGCAGGUCCGAGUGUGUGACAAGGGCUGUGAAGCCGGCCGCCUGCGUGCGAAGUACUCAGCCCAGAUCGAAGACCUGCAGGUGAAGCUGCAGCACGCGGAGGCAGACCGGGAGCAGUUGCGUGCUGACCUGCUGCGGGAACGUGAGGCCCGUGAGCACCUGGAAAAGGUGGUGAAGGAGCUACAAGAGCAGCUGUGGCCCCGGCCACGUGGCGAGGCGGCGAGCAGUGAGAGCACGGUUGAGCUGGAGCCGUAGGGACCCCUCUGCCGCGCUGCGUGUGCGGGACGGCACGUGUCGGGAUGGGGUGGGUGCUCGGCGCCGUGGCCGAGGAGGCGCCACAGGCCUGCAUCCACACCCCCUCGGCUCACACAGCACAACGUCUUACUGUGCCUAUAACCAAGCGAGUGUUUCUAACCACAUACUUUUGGAAUCCACUGCAGAAUUUUCUACUGGCCAAUUCAAGGGAGCAAGCCGCCCUCUAGCCCCGCUGGCAACGCCAGGCACCGUGGUCGUGGCUCCAGGCGGUCCUCCACUUGCUAGGACGUUUUAACAUUUACACUUUUGUUAUAAGCUAUUUAAAACCAAUAAAGAGACUUGAUAUUCAGAAAAAUCAAUACGUUUUUUAAUGACUGACUUUUGAAAGCCCCACCAACACUCGGCGCCCUGCCUGAAGACCCGCUAAGGAAGCCCGGGGUGGCGCUACACAGCCCGCCUGGCCCUGGGAAGCCAUCGCAGCUCAUUCCGCCCCCACGGCCAGCGAGGAGGACACCGGAGGGAUUUUCUUCAGAGUCUAUUUUUUAAGCGACAAGGACCCGGUUUUCCUGCAGUGCCAGGAAGCGUGAGGAGAGCGCCG